GAGGUGUAUCAUCGUUUGUACAUUGGGUGUGGAACGAUUAUUCGGAUUUAGAAAGCUAGCACUUCCAGCGGAAUCAUCAUAGAAAAACUAUGGAAAUUUUAAUGACUCAUAAAAAUUGUGCGAUAACUGAAACCAAACAUUGCUCUUUGAUUUUACGCCUGCUGUGUUUUACAAUACUGUGGUAGCACGGCCGGGAAGGAAAGGGCGAAGCUGCCUGCUGACGUAAUGGAUAUUGAGGGGAUAUUCUUUACUACUUAAGGUUACUGGUUUUCUGGUGGAAGUUUUGUUAAAGUAAGACUUAAUUUUUCUAAUGUAUGGCGACGUUCAUUUGUGGGUACUGGGACUACAGUCUCGACCGAAUGAAGCUCUUAUAAAUAAAUAAACCACGCAACGGGAAGGUGCAGUGAAAUUGCAUCUCGUAACUGUGCUCAUGAUUGUGAGGUUAUUUCUUGUUUUUGUAGCAUUUAAUGACAGAAAUGCCAUGUUGUUGUGUUUUUAUUCGAAGAAGUGUAUUUCGUGAAUUUCUGUGACGUAAUGAAGCUAAAAUGAAGAGCUCGAAUUUGGGAGAAGAAUGACCGUGAUAAAUGAAAGCAGAACCAAAGCAUUCAAAGAAAGAUAUGGCACCUGAAAAUCUUUAUUGAAAGUUACCUUUCAGUAAUUUUACGUAUGUGGAGAAUAUUUUUGGAGUAGCACCAGUUGCCGUUGACAAGACUCCUGAAUGGCCAACUGAUUUUUUUUUCUUUUUGUGGGACGUAGCAAAUGAAGGUCGUCAUGACCAGCAGUAAUCAGUUAAUUGACUCCUGUUUGCUGGUGAAUCGGCGGAUAGAACAGCGCCAAGAGCACAGCAUUACUCACACGGAAAUUACCCAGAGGAGAGUUCUACAGGAGAAAACGCCAGACAUGCUACAGUAUACUGGUCAACCAGAAUUACAUCAGGGAAACUCUUAUUCACUUGAUAUGACAUACCAUCCAACAAAUGGCCACCAGGAUAAUCACUCACCUAAUUCUUCUCACCUGUCUGUUCAGAGUGGAGAUGGAGCAACUCUUGUGUCUCGUACUCAGAAGCAACAAACUACACAGCAGGUUACUACUUUAACGAAAGUUGUUAGAGAAGUUCAUCAUGUUGGACCUGAUGGUCAGCAAGUUGAUUAUGUUGGUCUUCCAUAUUCAGGAGCUGGAGUUGUACCACCUACAGCUACACCUUCGAAUUAUCCUCCUUUCACAAAUUAUGAGCUAUUGACAGGGCAGGAAGGCUAUCCUCCCAUGGACCCAGCACGGAGGUAUCCAGAUGCUUAUCAUCCGAGUUACCAGGAUUAUGAGCAGUAUCCUCCGCAGCCUGAAUACCCAUACCAAAACCCAGCAUAUCCAGGUGGCUUUGCACCGUAUGGUGAUGCUUCCAACUAUGUGGAACAGCCAGGUUACGUUGAACGGCCAACAACACCACCCAGUCCAAGUGAAAGAAGUGAAUCGCCACCUUUGCAGCAGUCUCUUCAGCAUGAUUAUUUGCGGAAAGGAGCUCCUUAUUCCCAAGCGGGGUACGAUGAACUGGACUCCGCAUUAAUGCCUGGUCGUCAGGAACAUUACCGAAUAACGCCUUCGCCUGGUGCACCUGUAGAUAGAUAUGAUCACAUUUCUCAUCCCUGGAACAUUGAUGAAUCAGGUGAACCAUCACAAUUAACACAUGGAGAAGAUCCGAAACUGGUUUAUGGAUACCCACCGUCUCCAUAUGGCACUGUACCAGCAGCUUAUGGCACUAAUGGUGCAGACCCUAGAGUGUAUGAAGAGAAUGGUGCUGUUCCAAGAACAAUUUUUGAAGAUGAAGAAGAAUUGAGGAAACACUUGUCAAUGCAUCCUGCAAUCCCUUCACCUUCAAUUGAUGAUGACCAGAGAGGCAUGCGAUGGCGGGAUCCUAAUCUGACUGAAGUUAUUGGAUUCCUCAAUAAUCCAAAUAAUGUAAUAAAAGCUAAUGCAGCUGCAUACCUCCAGCAUUUAUGCUACAUGGAUGACCCAAAUAAGCAAAAGACAAGAUCAUUAGGUGGCAUCCCACCCUUAGUUUCACUGCUUUCACAUGAGAGUCCAGAUGUGUACAGAAAUGCAUGCGGAGCCUUACGGAAUCUCUCAUAUGGAAGGCAGAAUGAUGAAAACAAAAGAGCUAUUAAAAAUGCUGGAGGGAUACCUUCAUUAAUUAAUUUGUUGCAGAAGUCAUCAGAUUCUGAAGUAAAAGAACUGGUGACUGGAGUUCUGUGGAAUUUGUCCUCAUGCGAGGACCUAAAAAGAUCAAUAAUAGAUGAUGGCCUUGCAGUGAUUGUGAACCAUGUUAUUAUCCCUCAUUCCGGCUGGGAUUCCACAUCAUCUGGUGAAACAUGUUGGUCAACAAUAUUCAGGAAUGCAUCAGGAGUUUUGCGGAAUGUUAGUUCUGCAGGAGAGUAUGCAAGGAAAAAACUGAGAGAAUGUGAUGGUUUAGUUGACUCCUUGUUGUAUGUUGUGAGGUCGGCGAUUGAAAAAUCAAACAUUGGUAACAAAAGUGUUGAAAACUGUGUAUGUGUGUUGAGAAACUUAUCCUAUAGAUGCCAAGAAGUGGAAGAUCCUCAUUAUGAUAAGCAUCCUGUUCCAACGCAAAGCAGAGUUGGUGCACAGCAGAAAGGUGACAAUUUGGGCUGCUUUGGUGCAAGCAAAAAGAAAAAAGACGCACAGCCCAUUCAACAGAAGGAAACAGCUGCAAGCAGCCGAAGCACAAAUCAACGACUAGAACCUGUCAAAGGAAUGGAACUUCUCUGGCAGCCUGAAGUUGUUCAGUCUUACCUCUCUCUCUUGCAAAGCUGCUCGAAUCCAGAAACGUUGGAGGCAGCUGCAGGUGCACUGCAAAAUCUUGCUGCGUGUUAUUGGCAACCAAGUAUUGAAAUAAGAGCAGCAGUGAGGAAAGAAAAGGGUCUUCCAAUUCUGGUUGAGCUUCUGCGAAUGGAAGUUGACCGGGUUGUCUGUGCUGUAGCAACAGCUCUGAGAAAUUUGGCCAUUGACCAGCGGAACAAGGAACUGAUAGGGAAGUAUGCUAUGCGAGAUCUUGUACAGAAAUUACCGUCCGGAAAUCCACAACAUGAUCAGGGAACAUCAGACGAUACCAUUGCCGCUGUACUUGCAACAUUGAAUGAAGUAAUAAAGAAGAAUGCAGAAUUCUCUAGGUCAUUGCUGGAAGCUGGUGGUGUGGAACGCUUGAUGAAUAUAACAAGACAACGUCAGAAGUAUACACCGAGGGUCCUGAAGUUUGCUGGUCAAGUUCUUUUCACUAUGUGGCAACAUCAAGAACUUAGAGAGGUUUACAAGAAACAUGGUUGGAAAGAGCAGGAUUUUGUUACCAAAACAAUAGCUGCUCGAAAUGCUGGACCUAAUUCUCCAAAUAAUGCUAACAGCACACUGAAUCGACCAAUGGCUAGCCAGGGAGGAACACGAUAUGAAGACAGGACGAUGCAGCGUCCAACAAAUGUAAACAGUACAUCUCGCAGUCCGGGCCCACCCAUGUACCAGCAGGGUGAUGAGAUUCCAAUGGCAGAUAUGUCAUACCCUGAAGGAGGGACGCAUGCCCCACCCCCAGGAGGAGUCCGUACUUACCCUGCCGCUCCUUGAAAAAUCUACAAUUAUAUAAAAAAGACAGGGAAGGGGAAUUGAGCAAGAUCAACUAUAAUAAUCCACUGAACCUGCAUGUGCCACCCAGGAAGAUUGAUUUGCAGGUUAUUGGAAGCCCAAAGUGUCUUUUUGCUCAAUAAUUCUCAUAGUUAAUGCAACAAUUCCUGUUCAUUUAGAGCAGAAAUAUGGGUUGCUUUUGGACUAUGUGGUGCUUUUUAGGACUGGUAGCUGAUUCUAUGUCAGUAUACUUUAAAUAAAUGCUGCAGAACAUGAAUCUGUGAAAGGUGGAAUUUCAGUAGUUGGUGGUAGAUGAGGACAAGGUGUGGAGUUGAUGUAUAUCUGUUAACAGACAUGAAAUUAUGAUACGUUAACUUGCAAAGGUGCCAGCCAAGUUUUGUGAAGUUUACUUGUUAAUUUUUCCAGUGUGUAAUUAUAGUUUGCAUUUUAUUGCUUGGACAUUGUUUGUGCUACAAUUUAUUAAAAUACAUUUUACUAAGAAUUAAAGAAUUAUAUUCUCUCACUUAUGUUAUUAUCUUUGUUUCUGAAAAUUAAGGAUGGAGUCCUCGACUGUAUAAUUUUUAUGUGUAACUUAUUCCAAAAAUAGUUUUUGUGAACUGCUGCAAACAAUUUAUUGUAUCCAUAACUUAGUUAAGUUGGACGUUUUGCAUUAAUGGUAGGAUUAUGUCCCUUAAUUGCAUGAUCUGUCUAGUGCUAACCUAGGCAUAUUUAAUUAUUGAUAAUAUUUGUCAGUGUGAGCAGUAUUUGUAAAGUGUACUUAGUACAAACUUCAGUCAGUCUUAACACAGUCAUGUGUGAACUUUCUUUCCCAAAUGUAUUAAAUAUUAUGUACUUCCAUAGGAAAUUUCUUUUGGUUUCAUUUUUGUUUCUUGUAUCCUAUAUUUUACUGCAUUUUGUAGUCAGGGUAGACUGUUUUAAAUUUUUCUGUAAUUUAUUUAAUCUGCACAUUGUAUAAUCAAUAGCUGCUAUGUUUGUUUGUGUCAAUAAUAAAAACAAAAGGCAGAUAUCUUGAUAACUCACCCAUACUAUAAUUUAAUAUCUUCCUGUUAUUGAUUUAUGACAAUAGUGUAGAAAUUAUAUUUCUUAAUACAUGGACUGUUUUCCACUUUCCAAGUUGUAGAAUUUGUGUUCUUUUUUUGUUUAAUAAAGAUUUUUAGCUUGUUUGUGUAAAAUUGUGUGUUGGCAGUAUACUUUUUGUCUUCUCUUUUCAUUUAACAUCAUUU